AUGUGGAAGCCUUUACAUGCACUGAAAAAGACGGUACCUUUUCUUAAAAAUGCAAAAGUACCUGAAGGACAAACAGUAUUUGUCAAGCAGAGAUGCAAAUACAUAAAUUGUUACAUAACAUACGAUAGAGAUUUGUUAAGGGAUAGCAAUCAGAAUUUAGAUGCAGUAGUUUUUAAUGUACGCGAUAUCGUUAAAAGAAGUCGUCAAAAAAAGGAUCACAAACUGGAUAUUUAUCCGACGAAUCUAAAGAAUGGAAUAUGUAUUUUUGUUCAGGUGAUCUUUGUAAAUAAAUAUCUUCAAUCACCUGAACAAAAAUACAUAUUCCAUUCUUUAGAUUCGUCGGAUAAAUAUCCAGUUUGUGAUCCUUUUUUUGACGACUUCUUCAACUGGACUUGGACAUACAAACUCAACUCAGUUAUUCCACAAACGUUAAUUAACAUUUACAAUGCCAAUAAAGCAUGGGUUGGACCAAAAUGGAAUAUGACAUGGGUUCGCAAAAUGACACGACUAACAAGAAAUCUUGAUCGAUUUAACAAGAAAUCUUUCAAUAAAACUAACGCCGUAGCAUGGGUAAUUCCCCGAUGUAAAACCAAAGAGAGAUAUCAAGACUUCAUAAAUGACCUUCGGAGUGAAUUAAAAUCAUACAAUUACAGUUUAGACCUUUAUGGCGCGAGUGGUAAUAGAAAGUGUCCAAGUGGAAGUAUCCAAAAGUUCCUAGAGAUGAUAGAAAAGAAAUAUUUUUUCCAACUAGUCCUGGAAGAUGCAUUCGCUGAAGACUACGUUUCAGAAAGGAUGGUUAAAGCUUUGUCAUAUAUAGUGGUACCUAUUGUUUUAGGAAUAUCAGAAUACAAAAGCUUCCUACCUCCCGGCUCGUACUUAAACGCGCAAAGUUUUGAUAUGAAAAAACUUGGGGCCAUCAUUGAUUACCUUAUCCAACACCCCACCACAUAUUACUAUUUCUUCGAUUGGAAGAAUCACUACUAUUACACAGCACAUCCUAGGUCUCAGAUGUGUGACCUAUGCACCAGACUAAAUGGAAAUGAGACCACGGGCACUCCGACAAGCUAUAGGCAUUUUCGAAAAUGGUGGAACCCCGACUAUCGAGAUGCGUGUAAAGAAAUGAGUAUGAACAAUAGAUUCUACAAGAAUUUUUAA